AUGGUCGCCAAAGAGAUCAAAUUUUUGACUGGUAACAUACGGCAGCUUUUGGGAUCAGGACAUCCGUCUCUCGACACUGUCGCAAAAUACUAUACCCAAGCCGAAGGAAAGCAUGUGCGCCCCCUUAUCGUGCUGCUGAUGUCCCGGGCUACUGCUCUGGCCGAGAAAUCUCCCAGAUAUAAUGGCCAGCAACUAUCACCAGACAUCGACAACGCUAUUUCACCGAUAGCUAUCCUUUCGGAUGUUAAUCCCUCCUCCUCUACCACGAAUCCCAUCACCCAUUUUCAAUCCUCGUAUCCAGCUAGCGAAAGCGAUAUCCUCCCUUCCCAACGACGACUCGCAGAGAUUACGGAAUUAAUACACACCGCCUCCCUCCUCCAUGACGAUGUUAUUGAUCAUUCUGUCUCGCGCCGCGGGUCUCCAUCGGCGAACCUCGAAUUUGGAAAUAAAAUGGCAGUCUUGGCUGGAGACUUCCUUCUGAGCCGUGCUUCAGUAGCCCUGGCUCGCCUUCGCGACCCAGAGGUGACCGAGCUUCUGGCCACUGUUAUCGCGAAUCUAGUUGAAGGGGAAUUCAUGCAAUUGAAGAAUACCGCCCAAGACGAGAAAAAUCCAAUCUGGACUGAGAAUACAAUCACAUAUUACUUGCAAAAGACAUAUCUCAAGUCUGCAAGCCUGAUAUCAAAGUCUUGCCGGGCAGCAGCGCUCCUGGGUGGCUCAGAUACAGUUACUGUGGAUGCUGCAUAUUUAUAUGGAAAGAACCUGGGCCUGGCAUUUCAGUUGGUGGAUGACAUGUUGGACUAUACAAUCAGUGAAAAGGAGUUGGGGAAGCCUGCUGGUGCAGAUCUAGAGUUGGGGCUGGCAACUGCACCGUUAUUGUUUGCGUGGAAAAACAAUAAAGAGCUAGGAGCGUUAGUAGGCAGGAAGUUCGCCCAGGAGGGCGAUGUUGCAAGGGCUCGGGAACUGGUACUUCAAAGCGACGGAUUGGAGCAAACUCGGGCAUUGGCGGAAGAAUAUGCUAAUCGGGCCAUCUCAUCGAUCGACGCGUUACCAGCUAGCGAAGCUAAAGAUGGAUUAAUAGAAAUGGCUAUUAAAACCAUAAAGCGGAGGAAAUAG